GGGGGCCAUAGUCAGAUGGCAGGAGGCUGGCAACCAGGCUUCUCCAGUGCAUAGUGGCGAGGUUGGUUUCGCCACAGGUACUUCACUCCCUUGGCUGUUAAUGUCGCUGUAAGUGGUCAGAGAGACAUUCGCCAUUGCAGGGUUGUGCGUGAGAGAUCAGAGUAGAACGUUAAGUCCAUGUCUUCGAAGCGGUAGGGAUUCUUCCCUUUGAUGGCGCCCAUAAAAGCAGCCUUGUCUUGCCCAUUUUGAAAUUUGACCAGGAGGUCACCUGUUGCAGAGCUUGCGAGUUGUCUUGGCUUGGGCAGGAGGAACAUGCCAUCCAGCUGCAUCCCUUUAGCUUGUUUAGGGGACAGGAGGGCCGCAAAUAGCCUUCUUAGGAGAUGGGGAAGCUCAGCUGGGGAUACAGCAUCUGAGAGGCCUCUAAUUUUGAUAUGCUUCCACCUCCUUUUGUCUUCCAUAGCAGUGGGUUAGUGUAGUGUGAGCUGAGGAGAGGUCUUUGACCUGAUUCUGUCAUUUGUGCUGCCUGUGUCUGAGUGGUUUGCUCCACAGCUGAGAGGCGAUCAGUGAUCCCCUUAACAUACUCCCUUACCUGGGAGAUCUCUGUGGAGAGCGACUGGCUUAGGUUGGACAGGAGAGAGGUAAGUAUCUCCGUGGUAACCGGGAGACCCGCCGUCAGUUGUGUGGGUUUGGAAGGUCCCUUGUAGCCCAAUGUCUCAGGGCAGUGGAGGGACGUGCCAUCCAAGCUCCCAGAGUAAUCCUCGAAGUCAGCCGCCAUGUUGAGUCCAGUCGCGCCAUGCAGUCUCCUCAGCAGGUCGCCUAUAUCGGCCGUGAACCGUGGGCGAUCCGGACACGUUUUUUUUUUUUUUCUCCCCAUUGUUGGAGGGGUGUUAGCAGGCUGUCUGCAGUGUGGUAGGGUGCUUCUUGAGGCUGAUUUUGGGCCUUAUUGGGCUGCGGUCGUCGGAGAGCAGUAGGUAUGCGACUGUUCAUGCCAAGAGCUGGCUCUGCCCCCCCUAGUCUAGUUGUUAUCUAAAUUUUACAUCUUCAAUCCUGUUAUUCCUUAUUGCCUGGAAAGUGUUAUUUUGCUGUUCUAUAAUACUCUUAUUUAUGAAAUAUGCAUCAAUAUUCCUAUUUUUCUUUCUGAACUGACAUAUCCUGUUGCCUGUACUUUUUUUGUCCUAUAAUAGACAUUAUUUAAAAUAAAUAAAUGUAUUAUGCUAAUACCAAAAUAUGGGGGUUGUGGAGUUGCAAGAAAUUAUCUUUCAAACCAGUUUACUUAAAAAAAUUAAUGGUUUAAAAAAAAAUUAAAAAAAAUCAACAGAGUAUUUGAUUUACAAUUUAAUCAAUUAAUUUUUUUACCCAGUCAGACCAACAAAUUGCUUUUGUUCGUAAGUGUUCUGCUGGUCUCACAAAGGUUAGCUAAUCCCUUUCUCUCCUGCGGAUAACUAGUCCAUCGUAACAUUGCGGUGUUCUCGCCUUUUUAAGAUUGAGAUGAGUCAUUUUUGAUCGUGUGCCUAUUCCCAUUGAAAGCUCUGACUGAUCUCCCUCGCUCCCUGCUAUUCUUAUGUUGUGUUUGAUGUGUGGAAUUUUUAGAUCAGGAGAGAAUGCCUUCUGUGUCGGAAUGGAGUUGCUGUUUUUAACAUGUCCUACUUUGGAAAGUUUUACCUGGUCGGGCCGGACGCCACUAAAGCCGCUAAUUGGCUAUUCACCGCUGAUAUCGACAAGCCUCCAGGUAAAUGCUAUGAACAACAAGGGGAUGUUUCUCUUCUGUGAUAAUGGGACCAGUAAUUAUAGAAGAAAUUAUAGGUUCAAAAGUAUAGACUUUUUUUUUUCUUCGUAAAGAUGACCAGCUGCUUUUGCCGUAUGUUGCAUUAAAAGUCUCUGCACUAUUUUAUUGGCUUUAUGAUCACCCAAAGAGGUUAUGUACAUCCCUCACAGUUUAUUUGACCACAUGACUCCACAUGACUUGGUUACAACCAAUCAGAACAGGAUUAAUCAUUAUGUGACCGUGGGCAGCUGCCUAGCGCCCAGGGGUUAACCAAGAAGACGGCUGCCAUCUCACGUUUACAUACUCAUUAGCAUCUCCCUUCUUCGUGCCCCAAACAAUAUUUUUGUUUCUGAGUACUCUGUUCAGACCUGAUCUGCAGGUUUGUAAAAAAUAAACAAAAUAGAGAUUCAAGAGACUUACUCUCACUUUAUCCAUACAGAUGUUCAGCUACUAGAUGCAUACUUGCAAAAACAGAAUAUUCAAUUAUAUAAUUUUUCAAUGUAGGGUAAUAGCUUCUUGAUCCAAGGAUAAAUCUGACUGCCAUUCUGGGGUCAAGAGGGAUUUUUUCCCUAGUUUGUUGCAAAAUUGUUCAGACUGUUUUUUUGUUUUUUUUUUGGCCUUUGUUUGGAUCAACAGCAAAAAUUUAAUGUGAGGAAGGCUGAACUUGAUGGACACAUGUCUCUUUUCAGCCUAUGUAACUACACCCUGUUCCAAAUUAUUAUGCAAAUGAUAUUUUUCUCACUUACCUAAAUAAUUGAUGUAAAUAACAGUCAGCAUAAUUCUCAUGUUAUCAACUAUUAAGAGUACAAUUCAAAUUUUAUUGAACAAACCUCCUAAUGAUAACAGUAUUUUUUUAAACAUAAAAAACUUACAAGGCACCGUUCCAAAUUAUUACGGACAGUAAGCUUCAAAACACUUUAUAGGUUGUAAAGAACUUCAUUUGUUGUGUUUGCAGCAUAUUUACGGAAAUCAAAAGCUAUUUCAAUCAAACUUAUAACAACAUUUUAAUUUUUUAAACAUUUUAACAUAGGACCCCUUAUUUGAUAGCAGGUUCACAAGUCUUGCAUCCAUUGAACUUGUGAGUUUUUGGACAGUUUCUGCUUGAAUUUGUUUGCAAGAUGUCAGAAUAGCCUCCCAGAGCUGCUGUUUGUAUGUAAACUGCCUCCCACCCUCAUAGAUCUUUUGCUUGAGGAUGCUCCAAAGGCUCUCAAUAGGAUUGAGGUCAGGGGAGGAUGGAGGCCACACCAUGACUCUCUCUCCUUUUAUCCCCAUAGCAGCCAUUGAUGCAGAGGUAUUCUUUGCAGCAUGAGAUGGUGCAUUGUCAUACAUGAAGAUGAUUUUAUUACGGAAAGCAUAGUUCUUCCUUCUGUACCAGGGAAGAAAGUAGUCAGUCAGAAACUCCACAUACUUUGCAGAGGUAAUCUUUACACCUUCAGGGACCCUAAAGGGACCACCCAGCUCUAUUCCCAUGAUUCCGGCCCAAAACAUGACUCCAUCCCCGCCUUGCUGACGUCGCAGCCUUGUUGGAACAGUGUGGCCGUCCACCAACCAUCCACUACUCCAUCCAUCUGGACCAUCCAGCAUCCAGGGUUGCACGGCACUCAUCAGUGAACAGGACUGUUUGAAAAUUAGUCUUCAUGUAUUUUUCUGCCCAAUGCAGCUGUUUCUGCUUGUGAGCAUUGGUUAGUGGUGGCCGAAUAGAAGGUUUAUACACAGUUGCAAGACUCUGGAGGACUCUACACCUUGAUGUCCAUGGGACUCCAGAGGCACCAGCAGCUUCAAAUAUCUGUUUGCUGCUAUGUAAUGGUAUUUUAGCAGCUUCUCUCUUGAUCUGAUGCAUGGAUCUGGCAGAAAUCUUCCUCAAUGUGCCUUUAUCUGCACGAACCCGUCUGUGCUCUGAAUCAGCCACAAAUCUCUUAAUAGUGCGAUGAUCACGCGUAAGUUUUCGUGAAAUAUCUAAUGUUUUCAUACCUCGUCCAAAGCAUUGAACUAUUUCACUCUUUUCGGCAGCAGAAAGAUCCCUUUUCUUCCCCAUAUUGCAUGAAAGUGGUACUCUGCUUAAAAAUGUGGAACACCCUCCUUAAAUUGGGCUCACCUGGCAAUCUAAUUAUCACAGGUGUCCGAGAUUGUUUUCAGUGAUCAAAAGAGCCCUGAGACACAAUGCCAUCCAUGAGUUAAGCUGAAAAACAAAAUAUUUAAUCUUUGUGACACUUAAAUAGAAUUUGCAUAAUAAUUUGGAACAGGUUGUAUGUGACUAUGUAAUUUUAGGGCCCCCAAUAUUGCAACAAAUAAACAAAACAAAACUAGACUUGUGUAUGGUGAGAACAAUUUUCCCCAAAAAUAGAAACAUUCUUGUGAUACCUGAACUUCGGUCAUGUGGCAAUUCGGCUCCGCAUAAUUUUGGAACCGAAAAACCCGAUUAUUGAAAUGAAUCAUAAGAACCAAAAUGUUGCGAAAGUGGGCCAAUCAGUGUAUAGCAACAUACAGAAUAGUAUGUUUUGCAGAACAUUGAUAAGAGCAUUUUCCAGCCAUACGGUUCACAGAUCAAAUGAGGAAAAAGUAACUAAUAAAGAAAAAAAACCUGUAUAUUCUAUAUUUAUUUAAUACAAAUAAAAAUCAAAACAUUUGGUCAUUGAACGGCUUGUUUGGUUUGUGAUCCAGGUCCAUCUUGUCUCGAAAUUUGGGAAUCCGACCGAUUACUUAUUGGCCCAAAUUCUGAUGCACUGCAGUUCGAACCGGAACAAAUCUCCCAGUCUAAAUAAAACCAUAUUUUAAUAUUGUAAUAUUCAUAGUACUCUCCAGGCUCCUGGCAAUGUCCUAUCACAGUCUGCGGUCACUAUGACUGAUAUAAAAUAUACGAAUAGAAAUUUACCUAUAAUUAAAUCACAGUAAAGAUGGGCUAUCUGGUUCGGUUUAUGCUAGAUGAGUGUACGUUUUCAGCCCAUCUUUUUUUGAUUUGUGAUCUCCUGUCUGUGUUCCAGGAUCCACAGUGUAUACCUGCAUGCUAAACCACCGUGGCGGCACGGAAAGUGAUCUCACCGUAAGCAGAAUUUCUCCUGGAACACAAUCGUCUCCCCUAGCUCCAGCCUUUGAUGGUAGGUAUACAAUGCCAGACUGCUGAAUAUCCGGUUUAUU